CCUAAAUCUUGACCUUGACAUCAACAGAGCAACUACCUUAGUUAUUACAGCGCGCACAAAGCAGCAUCCACAACCACCCGAGGCGGAAUUUUGAAAGAACAUUACUAGCAAUAAAUCAAUCACUCCAUCCUCUAUAGGCGAUCAGCCUGCGCCAUUCUCGCACACCAUGCCCGGCGCCGUCGAAUCUCCUGCCGCCGCCAUCCUCAACCACUCUGCCACGCCCUACAACUUCCGCUUCUCGCCAUUUCUCCGACAAACGUAUCAGGUCGGCCUGUCUCCCGACCGGCCUAUAUGCAAAGCUUUCCAGUCGGGCCACUGCCCCAACGGCACACGAUGUCCUGAACGACACGUCUCUGAUUCUAAGACGUCACAGCCGAGUGGUGGUCUCAACUCGCUCGUGUGUAAACAUUGGCUGCGUGGCUUGUGCAAGAAGGGCGAGCAUUGCGAGUUCCUCCACGAGUACAAUCUUCGAAAGAUGCCUGAGUGUAAUUUCUUUAUGCGAAACGGGUAUUGCUCGAACGGUGACGAAUGUCUAUACCUGCACAUCGACCCCCAAAGUCGGCUGCCACCCUGCCCUCACUACGAUAUGGGGUUCUGCCCCCUCGGACCCAACUGUUCAAAGAAGCACGUGCGUAGGAAGCUCUGUGUUUUCUACCUGGCGGGGUUCUGUCCCGAUGGACCUGAAUGCAAGGAAGGCGCCCACCCCAAGUGGUCAAAGGAUCUGGAGAAGCCAACCCUCAAGUCAGAGGAGAAGAAAGAAGACGACAUUCGGAUGGAUCCUGCGCAGGAUGAUAUGGAUAGGUCACGCGACCAACAGAGAGAUAGAGAUCGGGAUGAUGGGGGCAGAUAUAGAGGAGGCCAUGGUGGUCAUGGUGGCCGAGGCAAAUGGCGAGGAAGAGGCCGUUACCGUGGAAGAGGUCACUAAGUAACAUAUUUACUUGUUGUACUUUUACUCAGUUCAUGAUGAUACCCACACGAAUCCCAUGUCAAGAACUUGUUGUAACUGUGACCCUCAAAGCAAUGGUCGAAAGUAAGGCAACUGGAUUUGUAUUUUUCCAGUGGCUGCAGUGUUAAAAUCAUUCAAGAGUUGGAGUCGUGGCGGCGUCUAUAUGUAACAAAAUCGAACGUUUUACAUGUCCCAUCAUAAUGCGUGUUAUGCAGAUCCAGUUUACAUAGGACAUCCAGCAUAAAUUUCAAUCUUGAUCGCUCAAGCGGUCUCAGAUGCCUGGGGAGUCCACAUAGCUCCCUCAUUGUCAGCAUGCCAGACGUUAGCAUCUGAUGGAACGGCG